AGUAUGGACAAUGAAUUUCUAAGCAUUAAGACACGUUCCUUUGUGCUCUGUUGAAAAUUGAAUUAAUUCUAAAAAUGUCGUUAAAAUAUUUGCAAACCGUUCAAAAUACUCUAUCGAUAAUAUCGAUCGUUGUUUUGUGCGUAAAUUGUUAUCCAGUAAAUUUUGCAUGGGAACAAAAUGGAGCUCAAGCAAAUACAACGGUUAAUCCAUCGGAAAUUUUAAAUUUUCUGCGAAAAUUCGGUUAUUUGACUUCAAGCUCAAUGGCAACGACAGAUACACUCUAUCACGAGGAAGCCAUUAUCGCUGGCAUAAAAAACAUGCAAAAAUACGGUGCCUUGAAUCAAACAGGCGUUUUAGAUAGUGCAACAAUCAAGCUAUUGACAGCACCUCGCUGUGGUGUCGCCGAUAUUCCGAAACAUUUGCCUACGACAAACCGCGUCAAACGAUUUGCACUUGGCUCAAGAGGAUGGAGCAAGCGACGUAUUACUUACUUCAUUGCAAAUUGGUCACCAAAAGUCGGCGAAGACCAAGUUGCUGCCGGCAUGGAAAAGGCGUUUCAGCUCUGGUCAAAAUACUCAAAAUUGCGAUUUGUGCGUUCUUAUGAACCCAACGCCGAUAUUAUUGUUGCAUUUGGGUCCAGCUAUCAUGGCGAUAUGUUCCCAUUCGAUGGUCCAGGGAAAGUGUUAGCACAUGCCUUUUAUCCAUAUGAAAUGACGAGUUUCGGUGGUGACAUCCAUUUCGAUCAUGAUGAAAAUUGGAAAGAGAACGCAUCUCAAUUAGCCGAAGGUGUCGAUUUCACGUCAGUUGCAAUACAUGAGCUCGGGCAUUCACUAGGCUUGGCACAUUCGCCCAUUUUUGAUUCGAUCAUGUUUCCAUAUUACAAAGGGCCGCAAGAAUCAAAGGAUCUCGGUUAUGAUGAUAUUAUGGCCAUGUAUGAAUUGUACAUAAGAAAUGGUGUGUUCACUGAUGAAGACGAGACCACACCAAAAGAAGAGGAAAUCGAAAGAGAAGCUGAAACUGAAUCAACGAGCCAAAAAAUGUUACGGACAACUGAGCCAACAACAACAAUACGUGUGGAAUUAGUAACUGAAUCGACUGCAACAGAUAGUUCAAAAAGAGUCGACGCCACAACCGUUCCACGGAAAGAAGUGUUCACAACAACUGAUCCAUGGUUUACAACAAAUAGCGAUUGUGAGGAGAGAAAUAAGCAUCGCUUCAGUUUUUCAAUUGGAUGCAAAUCAACGAGUAAUGCUCCGACAGUUCCAAAUUUAUGCGAAUAUCCCCGCUUCGAUGCCGUCGCUUUGUUACGUGGCGAAAUAUUUGUAUUCAAAAAUGAAUAUUUGUGGCGAUUAUCAGAGGAUUUUCAAGUGCAGCCUGGUUACCCAAUCCGCUUCAAUGAGAUUUUCCAAGACAUUCCAAACUAUGUUCGUCGCAUCGAUGCGGCCUAUGAACGCAAAUCUGAUGGGGCUAUUAUUCUGUUCAAUGGUAGAAAAUAUUGGGUUUACGAUGGAUACAAUUCGAUUGAUAAUAGUCCACGGUCGAUCACCGAGUAUGGUUUUGAUGAAAGUGUUGAAAAAGUGGAUGCGGCAAUGGUUUGGAGUAAAAAUGGCCGCACUUAUCUAUUCAGUGGAUCAAAAUUUGUUCGUUAUGAUGAUGAACGCCGUCGAAUUGAUGUCGGCUACCCAAAGUAUCUUGGAGAGAAAUGGCAUGGCAUUCCAAAUAACAUUGACGCGGUUAUUUCAAUGACCAACGGAAAAACCUACUUCUUCAAAGGUGAUUUGUAUUGGAUGUACAAUAACUAUUGGAUUCGUCCGGAACGCGGUUACCCACGUCGUACAUCGAUCAAUUUGCUUGGUUGCUCAUAUUGACAAUUAUUUUGAAUGAAUUUUCAUACCGAAGAAAUCGAAUUUCAAAAAUUAAAUUGAAAGAAUUGUUUUUUUCAUUAAAAUUAUUUUUUGUAAUGAAUCAAUUUUCAUUUUAUACACAAUUUUCAAUAUACUAUUCACAUACACGAUUUAAUUCUUCAAUCUUUUCUAACUUUUUUACUGGAACUGAUUUUGAAUAGGAACUUUGCGUAAUAUUUCAACCAAAAAUAUAUAAUUCCUAUGCUACAAUAAACACUAGUUAAUAAAAGAGGUAAAAA